CCUUUUUCUUUUCCUUCCUUCCCGCCGGCGGCGGCCCCCGGUGCCUCCCGGCGCGGUGCGUUCGUUACCUGGCGCUCGGCGGCGGCUCCUUCCUCACCUGUGCGCGCCUCUGCCAAUGGCAGCGCACCUGGCGGCCGCGCCGCCCAAUCAGCGCGCGGCUCGUCCCUCUCCCCGCUCCUUUAGUGAAAGAAUCCAGCGCCGCUCGGGAAAGUUACCUGUGCGCGCCCGGCCCGGCCGCUCUCCCGUGCCGAGCCCCGCCGGCGCCCCAGCCCCGCCGCUCCCCACAUGCCAGGGGGAGGGGGCUCUACCUGUCCUGCCUCGGCGGCUGGCUGUGGAGCCGGGAGAGGGGGGGAAGGAAAGCAGAAUUACCAGUAGCUCUGGUUCUGCCGUCCCGGGCGUUCACACGCACACCUUCACCUGCACAGACCUGAAAGUCCAGUUCCGCCAGGCAGACGGAGGCACCGGGAAAAGGGGAGAGAGUUCAUUGGAUCAAACAUGUCACAAGAGACGGACAAUAACAAGCGACUUGUGGCCUUAGUGCCAAAUGACACUUCAUUCAACACCAGACGAGCCUACACCAGUGAAGAUGAAGCCUGGAAGUCGUAUUUGGAGAAUCCCCUAACAGCAGCUACCAAGGCUAUGAUGAGCAUAAAUGGUGAUGAGGACAGUGCUGCUGCUCUUGGCCUAUUGUAUGACUAUUAUAAAGUUCCCAGAGAUAAAAGGCUGUUGUCUGUUAACAAAGUGAGUGAUAAUCAAGAAGACCAAGAUAAAAGAAAUUGUCUUAAUACCACGGAAGCUCAGAAUAACUUAAGUGGGGGAGAGAACCGUGUGCAAGUCCUGAAGACAGUGCCUGUUAACCUUUCCUUGAACCAAGAUCCUUUGGAGUCAUCCAAAAGGGAAUACAACACAAAUGUGUCUGGGAGCUCAACACCCAUCACAGGGUCAGCAGUGACUGUGGUUAAAGCAGAGGAAUUCACCCCUGUUUUUAUGACCCCACAAACACACUAUGCAAGAGGAGAAAAUGAGGAGCACCGAGGUGUUAUCUUUGAGCCAUACGAAGUGUCCAACAUUGCUCCCCACACAAAUUAUCUUAAAGAUGAUCAACGCAGUACUCCUGACAGUACCUACAGUGACACCUUCAAAGAUGGAGGAACAGAAAAGUAUCGGAGUGUGUCAGUGGGGGCUGAAGAAUAUAUUUAUGAACAAACAAGCAGCACUUUUCAGUAUACAUUAGAAGCUACCAAGUCUCUGCGUCAAAAGCAAGGGGAAGGACCCAUGACCUACUUGAACAAAGGACAGUUCUACGCCAUCACCCUGAGUGAGACGGGUGACAACAAAUGCUUCCGGCAUCCCAUCAGCAAAGUCAGGAGUGUGGUCAUGGUUGUUUUCAGCGAGGAUAAAAACAGAGAUGAACAGCUGAAAUAUUGGAAGUACUGGCAUUCCCGGCAGCACACAGCUAAACAGAGAGUCCUUGACAUUGCUGACUACAAGGAGAGUUUUAAUACCAUUGGGAAUAUUGAAGAAAUUGCAUUCAACGCUGUGUCCUUUACUUGGGAUGUCAAUGAGGAGGCAAAGAUUUUCAUCACAGUGAAUUGCUUGAGCACAGACUUCUCCUCACAAAAAGGAGUAAAAGGGCUUCCUUUGAUGAUUCAGAUCGAUACUUACAGCUACAACAACCGCAGCAAUAAACCUAUCCACCGAGCCUACUGCCAGAUCAAGGUGUUUUGUGACAAGGGAGCAGAAAGGAAAAUCCGAGAUGAAGAGAGAAAGCAGAACAGGAAGAAAGGCAAAGGCCAGGCAUCCCAAGCAUCGUGUAAUAAUGCAGCUGAAGGGAAGUUGAGUGCACUCCCUCUGCAGAAAAAGAGUGAUAUCACCUUCUUCAAAACAAUGGCUGACCUGGAUUCCCAGCCAGUUCUCUUCAUACCGGAUGUUCACUUUGGAAACCUACAAAGAACUGGACAGGUUUACUAUAAUACAGAUGACGAGAGAGAAGGUAGCAGUGUCCUGGUCAAAAGGAUGUUCCGGCCUGUGGAGGAGGAGUUUGGUCCUUCCCCUUUGAAACAAAUCAAAGAAGAAGGUCUGAAAAGAGUGCUUUUGUAUGUGAGGAAGGAGACAGAUGAGGUGUUUGAUGCUUUGAUGCUGAAAUCACCCACAGUAAAGGGGCUAAUGGAAGCUAUUUCUGAGAAAUAUGGGCUACCAGUUGAAAAGAUUGCAAAACUUUAUAAGAAGAGUAAAAAGGGCAUCCUGGUAAACAUGGAUGACAACAUUAUUGAGCACUACUCCAACGAGGACACAUUCAUCCUGAACAUGGAGAGCAUGGUUGAAGGUUUCAAGAUCACACUGACAGAGAUCUAGCCUCAGGCAGAACCUUUUUGUAAGGAACCACAGCAUUUCAUCCUUCUUGGAAAGCAGAUUCCCCAUUUACUUGACAGACAUUGAUCAGAGAAACUGUUACAAGAGUGCAUUGAAAACACUGUCCAUUCUGCACAAGUGCACCCACUGCAGAUAGACUUGGGUUUGUCAAGCACAAGGCCAUUCACAUUAACCUGGUCCCUUAUUUAUUGUUCCUCACUCUUUAGUGUACAAGCAGUUACCAGCCCCCAGAUUUGUAACCAGAUGAUCCACUGCAAAUGUGAAAUGCAGCAUUUUAAUCCAUACUUCAGUGUGGAUAAGCUCAUUCUAAAACAUAUUCAGUAACUAUGCUGGUCUGAUUUCAGAAAUCUGGUAUAAAUCACUUUACCAGUAGUUGCCUCUGUCAUUGCUAAAAAUCUGUUGCAGUGCUAAAAAUGGGCAAAGUGGCUGACAGUUCACUUGCUCAUACUGAUCUAUAUCUCUAUAUUGUAUAGUCUUGCCAAAUACCUCUGGUAGUUCUCAGCACGUAGCAAUGAGGACUUGUAAGUAAAGCAUUCAGCUACAAAUGUCACUUGUAAGUAAAUGGUAAAGAAACCAUUUUAACCUUGUAUAUAAUGUUUAUAAUAUGCAAUAAUAUAUUUUAACUACUGUAUGUGGGCAUGUUUACUGCCACUGUUUUUGUAUGUAUUUGGUUUAGGGUUUAAUAGAAUCUUUCCUAGAGGAUUAAAUUGCUACAAUCUAUUAAGGAGUGUGUACUGAGAAGCUGAUAAUUGAAUCUGUACUCAUAUGCUCCAUCCUUGCUCACACAAUUGUAUAUUGAAAUAUUAGAGCAGGCUCAGGCUCUCUCAUGGGUCUUGGAUGUUCUGGCACAAUGGAGCAAGUCCCAGCUGUAGAUACCUGUCUUCCAUCCAGCUGUAACAGAAUCCAAGAGACACCACAUGUCUGCUGCCUAGUAUGCCAAGAGGUACAGAAGGGACUUCUUCCUGGUCGUCUUCCUUUAAUGAAGCAGAGACUCCUAAAGUGGUCUUUUCUCAAACCUGUGCUGGAAAGGUUCUUUCUGCAGCAGCCUGUGUGUCAAAGCCUUCCUCUAGACUGUAAGAAACAGGACUUCAAACUCUUCCUUUUAAGUGUAUUUGCUCCUGUAUUUCCAUUGAAUGAUUCUGUUGUGAUUCCUAGGACACUUGGGUGAUGUAUAAGCCUGGGCUUGAUGUAAAUAUUUUAUCAAAGCUGGAAUAAUUUUUCCACUGGAGACGGAGUAUCCCACGACUGAGGAGUGGAGAUUGGUCUCUCUGAAGGGCUGCAUCUCAACCCAAGUUGCACUACAUGGUUAUUCCAUCAAAUUCCACGCCUGCCUUGUGAAUUCUGUGAAGAGAUAAAAGUUGUGCUGAAAUCAUACCAGGAAAGGGAUUCAAGGGCUGAAUGUCCCUAUGACAUCCAAAUAGAAAUGUUAAGUACACGUCAAAGUUUCUGUGGGACCAGAAACUGUUAAAGGUUCAGGCUGGUAGCAUCAGCACUAACAUACCCAGAAUUCACGUAUGCCUGUAAAGCAAAGUGUGUAUUCUGUGUUUCUCCUGCCCUUUUCUUUUGUCUUGCACUCUUUCCCCUUCUGAUGCAGAGUUCUAUUGUAAUUUCCUUAAUUUUAUAUAAAAAUACACUCCAGCAAAGAUGCUUUUGCUACCCUGCUCAAGAGUAAACAAUAUGGGAAUAUAAGAGAUUUAUGAUGGUUCAGUUUGUUUCUGUUUGGCUCAGACUGAGAUAAAAAGUCUAUGCUGACUUAUCCCAGAUAUUUUUUUAUUAAAGAAAAAAAGAGGACAGUUUGGACAGGAGGCAUUAGGAACUGGGUUCAGCACACAGGACUGGUGAGCAAUACUGUUAGUUCUUGUAUUUCUCUGUUGAUAUCUGGAAUCCUCAGACUAUCAUCUGGCAUCUCUCAGCUGGUUAAGAUGUCUGGGCAGAAGCUGCAGGUGAAGCAAAGGAGUAAUUGUAUGCAGGAGUUGAGCCCUAGUUCUGCCCUCAACAAACCUGCUGUCCAAGGGAAUACCUGGGGCUGGCCUGGGUUGGAAUGUGCUGCAUUAAGAAAAGCCAGUAGAGAAUUUGAGUUCACAGAGAAGGACAGGUAGUCCUGGCAGCACCAGCACUCAGGUUAAUGGGAUGGUUUUGUCUUACAUUUGGGUUGAGAUGAGCUGAGAUUGGGUGCUGCAGCAUCCUGUGAUGAGGAAUGGUGCAGGAUCAGUGAGAAAUGUAGUGCUCCAGGAAUACUGGGCCUUCAGGACCUUUCUUUCCAUUGUCAUUUUAGGAGCUACCAGUCUGCCACUGUCCAGAAAAGGAAAGUUGCUUCCAAGAUUAACUGAAAGCUAUUCUAAAUAUAUCUUAAAGUGUGCAAAUUCCUGAUAGUAGAAGGCUAAUACUUUUGCCUUUAACUCCUUCUUACAGUCUCAAUGAAGUUAUCAGGAAGGUGACUACAUUGGUGGUAAGAUUAUUUUAAAACAGCUAGAGCUAGGUAAGGAUGAUCACCUUUAACUUUAUCUGCCAAGGUCUGAGGGUUUUGUUUCUCUGCUCCAGAUACAGGUGCAUCACAAGCACUAAGACUGAGUAUCCAUGCUGCACCCCUUCAGUUGUAGUUACAGCAUCAGCUGCUGGAGGAGCACUGAACCUUGGAUGCUGGUUGUGGCAGGCUGCAAGCUCUCAGGGUUCACCUUGUUGGUCCUAAUCAGUCCAUCAGAGUGCUGGGAAAGGGGCAGGAGUGGUAUGAGUAAUGCAAACUUCUGAAGCAGUGGCUGCUUUGUGCCCUGCUUGACUCAGAUAUCCUGAGGAGUACACAGAGCUUACAUGUGUAUUGUUUAAAAUAUGCAUGUUGCUGUUGUUUGAUAAAAAAUAUUGAUUAAUGCUGGAUAAUCCAAAUAUUAUGAAUUAAAUGGAAGUAAGAUUUGGCUACUGUUCAGUACGAGACAGGAAUAUCUGCCUUGCCUCCUUUUGUCUCUUUGUGGCACUGCUUUGGUUGUUUAUUUAAAGGAACAAAAUUCUCAUUUCCUUCUCUUCUUCAAGAUAGCAAUCUUGAAUCUUAACUAGUUGCAGCCUGAAGAGUGGCUUGCUGUUCAGUGCAUUUUCUCUAUGAAGAGCUAUAGCAGUGCUAUGUCUGUAGAUGUUACAUUUUGAAAGUCUCUAGAUAGAAAUGUACAAAAGGAGAACAGUCUUCUAAUUUUGGUUCCUGCUGCGGAUUUGGCACUUCAUCCGUCCACUUGAUGUUUCAUUAUGAAAUCCCAUUCAAAUUCUCAAAUUCUAGUUCUUUCUUACAGUCAUGUGCUGAUAUUCCCAAAAUACAGUGCAUCCCUUGAGUGAAGCUUUGUGGAUGUACGGUGAUAACCCCAUCAAGACAUUUUGGAGGAUUUCUAACACUGAGUGUAAACUACAAAGAAAAGAAUGUUUUUUUCAUGUGUGUCCUCUCUCACAAAGUUUUUGGUCAAUGGAAUUCAGAGAUUGAAUGUCUUUCUUAUAUAUUUUUCUCUUUCAUUCUAUGAAUUGUUUAAAUGUAAAUUAAUUCUAACAAUUAGUAAAAUCUAAGCUCUCUAGCUGUCAGAGAUGCUGUAUAUUGAUUGAAGUGGGACUGGAAAGGAGUAUCUUAUGACUUAUAAAAUGUAAAGCUUAUUAAAUGUUCAUAUGCUCUUCCAUUUCCUAUUAAUUGAGACAAGAUACAAACAAGAAUGUUUGUGCCAAAGAUUGUGACAAGCCGUCUUUCUGGCAAACAAGGAAACUUAAUGUAUAGUGUGCUUUUAUAUUAAGAAUAUAGCUCAUGUAACUUAAUAGUGUUGCAACUGGGAGAGGGGUUUGAUAAGCUGUAAAUACAGUUAUUUUAUUUUUUGUACAUUUUUAAGAAGGAAAAAAAUAAAUAUUCCUAUGUAUGAGAUAA